AUGUCAAACGAAAAGAAUCCCGAUAUAGAGGAUGAAGACAUGCAGGACGAACCUGCUGAUGACUACGAUGAACAGGACGCAGUCAAUGACACAGAGGAGGGAAAUCAAGAUGAAGAAAUGGAUGAAGAGCAAGAAGACGAAGAGGAAGCCGAAAACACCAAAGUGGCUAAAAGCUCGUUUGAUCGAUUCGAGAUGCUUCUAAAGAAGACCGAAAAUUUCUCUCACUGUCUUGACGCUGGUGAUGUUGCUGCGUAUAAAGCCGGAAGUCCUCAACGCAAAAGGAGAGGUCGACCCGCAAGAAUUACUCAAGCUGAAGGCGACCAUCGGCAUCGGAAGAGUGAGAAAGAAGAAGAUGAAGAAGUUUUGGCUGAAUCAAACAAAGAUACCGGGCUGAUUCUUUUUGACAAAUCACCACACUACAUCAAGAAUGGUGAAAUGAGAGACUAUCAAGUGCGCGGCCUCAAUUGGUUAGUUCAACUUCAACACAACGGUAUCAACGGAAUCCUUGCUGAUGAGAUGGGUCUUGGCAAAACUCUACAAACCAUUGCUCUUCUUGGCUACAUGAAGCACUUCAAAAAUAAUUCUGGACCUUUCUUGGUGAUAAAUCCAAAGUCUACUCUUCAAAACUGGAUGAAUGAAUUUGCAAAGUGGUGUCCAUCAUUGAAAACUGUUUGUUUGAUUGGUAGCGAAGAAGAAAGGAGUGUUGUUAUUCGUGAUCAAAUUCUUCCCGGCAAUUUUGAUGUUGUUGUGACGUCUUACGAAAUGGUUCUCAGGUGCCGUGCAACCCUAAGGAAAUUUGUGUGGAAAUAUUUGAUCAUCGACGAGGCUCAUCGUAUCAAGAACGAAAAAAGCAAGCUGUCAGAGGUUGUACGUGAACUAAAGUCCAAAAAUCGUCUGUUGAUUACGGGCACACCACUUCAAAACAACUUACACGAACUAUGGGCUCUUCUCAACUUUCUUUUGCCAGAAAUGUUCUCCAGUUCGGAGGAUUUCGACUCGUGGUUCGAGACCAAUUCUCUGAAUAACCAAGAUGUCGUUUCUCGCCUUCACAGGGUUCUGCAACCAUUCCUAUUACGGAGAAUCAAGUCUGAUGUCGAGAAAUCUCUAUUGCCAAAGAAAGAAGUGAAGGUUUAUAUCGGAAUGUCACAAAUGCAAAGAGAGUGGUAUCAAAAGAUCCUGAUGAAAGAAAUUGACGUUGUGAAUGGAGCUGGAAAGGUGGAGAAAGCCAGAUUGAUGAACAUUCUUAUGCAUUUACGCAAAUGCACAAAUCAUCCAUAUCUUUUUGAUGGCGCAGAGCCAGGACCCCCUUUCACGACAGAUCAGCAUUUGGUUGACAACUCCGGAAAAAUGGUGUUGCUUGAUAAGCUUUUGCUAAAACUACAGGAACAAGGGUCCCGUGUUCUUAUUUUCUCCCAAUUCUCGAGAAUGCUUGAUAUGCUAGAAGACUAUUGCUGGUGGAGGAGAUACAAGUACUGCAGAUUGGAUGGACAGACAGCUCAUGAAGAUCGUCAACGACAAAUCGAAGAGUAUAAUGCAGAGGGUUCUGAAAAAUUCGUCUUCAUGUUGACAACACGUGCUGGAGGCCUUGGAAUCAACUUGGCAACUGCCGAUGUUGUGAUUCUUUACGAUUCUGAUUGGAACCCACAGAUGGAUCUUCAAGCAAUGGAUCGUGCUCAUCGGAUUGGCCAAAAGAAACAAGUUCGCGUUUUUCGUUUUAUUACUGAAAAUACGGUCGAUGAACGUAUUAUUGAACGAGCUGAAAUGAAACUCCGAUUGGACUCCAUUGUAAUCCAACAAGGAAGAAUGGCUGAAGCUUCGAAAACACUGAAUAAAGGCGAUAUGCUUGAAAUGAUUCGACACGGGGCCGAUAUGGUAUUUGCUUCCAAAGAUUCUACAAUCAGCGAUGAAGACAUUGAUGCGAUCCUUGCACGUGCUGAGGAGAAAACAAAAGAACUGGAGCAGAAAAUGCAGGCUUUCGGGGAGGCAUCGUUGCGUUCAUUUACCGUGGACCACGAUCCAUCAAAAAUUGAAGAGAAAGAGGGAUAUUCUCUGUACAAUUGGGAAGGAAUGAAUUGGAGAAACAAGCAAAAUAGCGGCAUGGGCGCCUUCUGGAUUGAGCCACCUAAGCGUGAACGGAAAGCCAAUUAUCAGGUUGAUCUGUAUUUCCGAGAUGCUCUCCGCCAAGGCACUGGAGGCGAGAAAAAUGUAAAAGCGCCUCGUCCUAAGCUUCCCAACGUUCACGAUUUCCAGUUUUACCCUCGUCACUUGUUUGAGCUUCUUGAUCGAGAGAUUUACCAUUAUCGGAAGGUCAUUGGAUGGAAGGCUCCAAAAGAAGGGACUGGAAAAGAUGCUGAGAAAAAGCAAAAAGAAGAGCAGAAGAAGAUUGAUCAUGCUGAGCCUCUCACCGAAGACGAAAAACUCGAACGAGAAGAUCUUCUGACACAAGGGCUUUCAAAUUGGUCGAGACGAGAUUUCACAAAUUUUGUGAAAGCAAGCGAAAAGUAUGGUCGCGAAGAUGUGGAUGCGAUUUGCAGAGACAUGAUUGAGACCAAAACUCGGGACGAAGUCAUUGAAUAUGCAAAGAUCUUUUGGAGCAGACUGGAUGACCUUUCCGACAGUGAAAAAAUUUUGGCACAAAUUGAAAAGGGCGAAGCUCGUAUUCAACGUCGACAUUUGGUCCGUCGCGCAUUGGAUGUCAAAAUUGCCAAGUACAAGGCGCCAUUCCAUCAGUUGAGGAUUGCUUAUGGUACCAACAAGGGGAAAACGUACACUGAAGAAGAAGACCGAUUUCUUGUCUGUGAACUGCAUCGCCUUGGCUUCGAUAAUGAGAACGCAUACGAAGAGUUACGUCAAAGCGUUCGUCAGGCGCCACAAUUCCGUUUUGAUUGGUUUAUCAAAAGUCGUACCGCUAUGGAACUUCAACGUCGAUGCAAUACUUUAAUUUCGCUGAUUGAAAAAGAGAUGGGAGAGGUUGAAGUAAAGCCCAGGAAGCGCGGGGCAAAUAGAGACAAAAAAGCGAAAGACGAGGAGGAAGAAGAGCAUGAAUCACCAGCUACCAAGAAAACCAAAAAGGAAAAAGAAGAGACUCCCACUCCAACAAAGUCCCGAAGAUCCAAA